AGGAUUUGAUCAUGCAUACUGUUGCAUUUGAUGAAACAACAAUUACAGUUGAUUGUACUUGCAAAUAUUUUGGUGAGGUAGGUUUGUUGUGCAAGCACUCACUUCGUGUCUUACACUUAAACAACAUUACUUAUAUCCCGAAAAGAUACAUUUGCAAGAGAUGGACAAAAGCUGCUAUGUGCACUAGAGUUGAUGACAAUGAUGUUGCUGAAAUGGGUGUCACUCCUUGUAGUGUAUGGAGAUUGUAUCAUAUUCGUACAUUUAUCACACUUGUAGAUCGAGCACAUAAUGACUUGAGUGCUCGAGCUGUCAUUGAGGAAGCAAUUGAAGAAUGCACUGCUAGGAUUAAUCUCUUGAUGGGAGAAGAUAAAGAUAUGCCACCUGAGUUAUCAAAAACGAAUGAACAAGAUGUUACUCAAGAAAAAGGUGAUGGCAGUCUAUUAGAACCAGCAGUAAUAUUUGAGGAAUUGGCUGAAGAACAUGGAGGACUUGAAAAAGAACAUGGAGGUUUUGAAAGAGAACAUGGAGGCAUUGUUAAAGAACACACGGUUCAGGUAGAUGUCAAGGAUCCUAUCAAAAAAAGGAAAAAAGGUCAAAAGAAUACUAGGUGGAAAAGCACACAGGAAAAGGUUUCCAACAAGCUAAAAGGUCAAAAGAUAAAGUCAUGGAGAAAGAAAAGCGCAAAGGGUGUUUCAAAGAUGAAACAAAAAGCACAGGCUACGAUUAAGGAUUUCCUCCCUGUACCUGAUGGAAAUGUUCUGGCACAUUCCAACGAAUUUGGAGGAUCUUUGGAGUUUUUUUAGCCUGAUGACUAUUUUGGAGUGAAUAUUAGAGAAUUAUAAAUGAUAUGUACUAUUUAGUCUACGUUAACAAUUUUUUUUAUUUCAUAUUUGUCCUUAUAUUUUUUUAAAUUUUUUUUUAAUAAGAUCUUAUAAAUUAGAACACUCUAUUUCAGUUUUUUUUUUAACAAGACAUAUUUUGCAUAUUAAUGGUGGUUACUGUGGCCUAUAAAAAGACAUAUUUUGUGUUAGUUUAUAAGACAUAUGAUGCAAAAUAACUAGAAAUAAAAUUUCACUGAACAAAAAGAACAUCAAAUGUUUUUAAAAGAACAUUAUAUGUAAUCAAUAGAACAUUAUAUGUUAAUAAAAGAACAUUGUUUGUAAUCAAAAGAACAUUGCAUAAAAUCAGAAGAACACAUGUUGUAUAAAGAACAUUGUACAUGUUCAUUCUAUUCUUUCUUCCAAAUCAAUAUGCUUCCAAAGUUUAUUAGCCCCAACUAUACAAAAAAUAAACAGUGCUAAUUGUUCAACAUCCACCAAAUUUUCAAAAAGACAUACUUGUUCAAA